AUGAAGCCUAUUUCUAUCACCUACGGUACUAUCAUCGCGCUCGCCAGCAGCGGCGCGCUCGCCAGCAUCGUCGACAAGCGCGACGCUGCCAUCAUCAGCAACGUUCUGAACGAGGUCAAGGCGGCCAUUUCAGGCGUCCAGACCUCGUUGAAGUCGUUCAACGGAGACCUGACGACGCUCGAGGCGCCAAACACGAAGCUUGAGACUUGCAUGACUGACGGCACGACAUCUGUGACCAACAUGAAAGAAGGAGUGACAAUUGCCGAGGCCAUCAGCCUCCAGGGUCUUACCAGUAGCCUCGAGACUGAGGGAAAGGCACUGGUAGCGGCUAUGGUUGAGAAGAGGAGUGCGAUCGAGGCCGCUGGUGGCUGCGACGGCGUCCGCAAAUCGCUCGCGACCAUGACCGCCAAUUCAGACGCGCUUACCAAGGCAAUCGUCAGCAAGAUUCCAGAGGAGGCCCAGGCCAUUGCCCAGAAGCAAUCGUCCGGCUUGAAGACGAUCAUGGAGCAAACGGCCGCCGAAUUUACCGAGGACAAAUGCCAUAGCAAGACCCCAGCAGCUUCCGAAUCGCCCUCCGAAUCCGAGAGCACACAAGCUAUCGAUGCCGAGGAGGCCGCUGUCCCCGUCGUCCCCGUCCAGGCCGCGGCUCCGGAGUCGGCCCCCGCUACGGUCUCGGAAGAAACCAAUUCCGUUGUCAACGAGGAAGAUGCUGCCAAGGCAUCCUCGCAAGAAGAUGAUACUUACGACACGCCGGUUAAGGUAGUUGAUCCUAACCCUCCAGUGCCAGGAAGUGUUGGUGGCACGACACCGCCGCCACCAUCAGUUGGAUACGGUGGUCCUGACGGUCCGUUGGGUCCUAAGGGUCCGUUGGGUCCUGACGGUCCCUUCGGUCCUGGCGGUCCCCCUCGGCCCCGCGGUCCCCAUGGCCCCCGCGGUCGUCACGGUCCCCGUGGUCGUCGCGGUGGCAGGGGUCGUCGCGGUGGCAGGGGUCCCCGCGGUCCUCGCGGUCCUCACGGUCCUCGCGGUCCUCGCGGUCCUCGCGGUCCUCGCGGUCCCCAUGGUCCUCGCGGUCCUCGCGGUCCUCGCGGUCCCCGCUACGACUAA